CUAGUGUUUCUAGGAUGACCAUGCCGAUCCUGCCGCAGCAUACAACAGAAUCCUGUGGUUUAGAUUUUGCCCAAGACCUCUGGUAUAAAGGUUUCCAUGAAAUGUUGAAACAAGAAUCAUCAUCCACACCUCUAAAUCGUCUAACCAAGUCUUCUAAUCAUUACUUGCAAUGUCCACCCUCUCUGCUUUGAUUCUAGCCGCUAUCGUGACUGUGGCUCAAGCCCAGUCUCUGAACGUUGUUAAUUCUUGCACCGAAUCUGUUUUGUUGAACACGGGGACCAGCUUUGGUACUAUCGACAAUAACGUCAAUGUCGCUGCAGGCGGGAGCGCAAACCUAGGCAUCAGCUCCGACUGGGACGGCGCUAUCAACGUCGGUACUGGAUGCAGCAGCGACGGUUCUACGUGUACCACUGGGGGCCCUACCUGGGAUGGUAGCACUCCCUUCAGCAGAGCCGAAUUCAACUUUUACGCAAUCCCCGGAAGCGUGACAUACGACAUCUCGCUCAUCUAUGGAUACAACGUUGGAAUGGAGAUUUCCUCUGCUGAUUCGAGCUGCGAUGCUUUCGCUUGCACCAUCAACUCCGGCUGUCCCGUUCCCGGACCUGGAACUGACACGUGCUACUCCCCAUGCUGCUCCUCCGCGAGCGCGUGCAGCGGUGGCGCCCUUCCCGCUAGUGGAGGAGGCUGCGUUAACAAUGAGGGCCCUGGCCCGAACAGUCCUUUCUACUACGACACUUGUCCCAAUGCCUACGCGUUCCCUGACAAUGACGGCUCGAACGGCUAUACUCCUGCUGACAAUGUGGUUUAUACUUGCGGCAACACCGCUAUCACUCUUACUCUGUGCCCUGGCACAACCUCUGACUACUAGUAAAUAUAAACGAUG